CUGAAUACAACAAGGACGGUUAACCAGUCUCACACUUCACUACCCAAAUGCCACUUAAUUUCACACCUGUCAUUCUCUAUAAAUACCUCUAGUAACAUGAAUCAAUCUCACUCAUCACAAGGCCAUAUAUCAAAGAACAGACUAACUCGCCUUACACAUCCCUCAGUCUAUAGAAAUUUCUCGCAACUCAAUUGAGAUAAAUAGAAUAGAAUAGAAUGCACUAUCAAACAGAAUCUUGGAAUGGUUACCCAGCAGUGGAAGAAAUAGAGAGAAUGGCGUCAAGGAAUGCAGUGGUGAUAUUCAGCACUAGUACAUGUUGUAUGUGUCACGCCAUAAAGAGGCUCUUGUGUGGAAUGGGUGUCAAUCCAACAGUUUAUGAACUUGAUGAUGACAACCCCACUUGGCAGCAGGCCUUGUUUAGUCUUCUUGGCAACUCCUCCUCUUCUCUGCCUGUUGUCUUCAUAGGUGGCAAGCUAGUUGGGUCUAUGGACAAUGUCAUGGCAGCUCACAUUAAUGGCACAUUAGUUCCUCUUUUAAAAGAGGCUGGUGCUCUCUGGCUUUAACCUUAUUUCUCAUUUAGAAAGUGGAGAUGCUAAUAUUCACUCAUCUCUUCUUUUUUCUUCUUCUUUUCCACUUUUUAGAGAAGGAACUUUUUUUUUUUUUUUUUUUUUUUUUGGUAGCCAAAAAUUAAGGGUCAGAAGAAAUACUGUAAUUUGCUCCCUCCUCUGUUUGUUGAGACAAUUGAAGUGAACAAGGAAAUGUACUUCUUCAUUUCUUUAUAUAUGAUCACUUUUUAAUUUACUUUAGCUUUGUUUGUUGUGUCUCUCACAAGCCAACACAAACUCAGGCUUCAAUCUAGUCUUUUUCUUUUACUUAUCCUAGUGUUGUUAUGGCCCUUUCUAACUGUAUUAAUAAGGAUCGCUUCAGUGCUGAUAUAUGAGAAAAGGUGUUCUACUACUACUC